AUGGGUGCAUGCUCAUCAGUGUCAUUGAUGGUGACUGACUUGAUCUCUGUGGACUAUGGUUGGCUAUGGUUGCCUGAUGGAGUAGAAGAGGUGCAGGUAUAUUUCAAGGCAGGCAAGGUGCGCAAUGGAUACUUUACAAAUAGCAAUAUCACAGAGCAUACUAUGAAGGCAAUGGAUAUCCUCAGCAAGCACUUCCCCUACAAUAGGCAUAUCUUUGUCUUUGGUAAUGCAAAAACUCGCAUAAAGCAUCCUGACGAUGCACUAUCAGCCCAAAAGAUGCCCAAGUAUCCCUCCAAAUCUAAUGGUCCCUCCAAUUUUGGUGUCCUGUGGGACAAGCUUGGUGCCAAUGGAAAGCCAGUUUAUGGUGCUGAUAGAAAAGUUGUUAGAGAGAAGGUGCGGAUGGUCAAUGUGAUGUUUGAUGGGCACUCUCAAUCCCUGUAUUUUGCUAAUGGUGAGGAUCCAGAUAACAAGGCUGGUGUCUUCAAAGGCAUGCAAUGCUGGGGAAAAGCAAAGCAUACAUAUCAAGACCUUCCUCCUUCUUCAAAGGAGGCUGCCCUUGAACAAAAUGUAAAGACAGCUCUUGCAUCUGUGUUAGUUCAAUCUAUACAGCAAUUUUCAACAUGGGCACAACAUUUAAUGGAUGCAUAUUGGAAAGGGCUAUCUGGAAAGCAGGCAUCUUGGGCAGCAAAAAGAUACCAUGGCCAUUGCAGGCUUCCGGACUCAAUUUUGGAGCAGCUAGAUGAACAUCACAUAGAGUAA